CGCGGAGGUGCUGGGGCCGCCAUGGUCUCCGAUGAAGAUGAAUUGAAUCUUCUAGUGAUCAUAGUUGAUACCAACCCAAUUUGGUGGGGAAAGCAAGCAUUAAAAGAAUCUCAGUUUACAUUAUCAAAAUGCAUGGAUGCUGUGAUGGUGCUGGGGAAUUCCCACUUGUUCAUGAAUCGUUCCAACAAACUUGCUGUGAUUGCCAGUCACAUUCAAGAAAGUCGAUUCUUGUACCCUGGGAAGAACGGCAGACUGGGAGACUUCUUGGGAGAAGCCGGCGGCCUUCCUUCUGGAUUCAAUCCCUCGGGCAGUAAGGACGGGAAGUACGAGCUGCUGACAGUGGCAGAUGAGCUGAUUGCCGAAGAGAUUAAAGACCUAAUGACCAAGAGUGACAUGAAGGGUCAACACACGGAAACGCUGCUGGCAGGGUCCCUGGCCAAAGCCCUCUGCUACAUUCAUAGAAUGAACAAGGAUGUUAAAGAUAAUCAGGAAAUGAAGUCCAGGAUAUUGGUGAUCAAGGCUGCAGAAGACAGUGCGCUGCAGUACAUGAACUUCAUGAACGUCAUCUUCGCAGCCCAGAAACAGAAUAUUUUGAUCGAUGCCUGUGUUUUAGACUCCGAUUCUGGACUCCUCCAGCAGGCUUGUGACAUCACAGGGGGACUGUACUUGAAGGUGCCUCAGAUGCCCUCCCUCCUGCAGUAUUUGCUGUGGGUUUUUCUUCCUGAUCAAGACCAGAGGGCCCAGCUAAUCCUCCCGCCCCCGAUUCACGUGGACUACAGGGCUGCCUGUUUCUGCCAUCGGAACCUCAUUGAAAUCGGCUACGUCUGUUCUGUGUGCUUGUCCAUAUUCUGCACGUUCAGUCCCAUCUGUACUACAUGCGAGACGGCCUUCAAGAUUUCUCUGCCUCCUGUGCUGAAGGCCAAGAAAAAGAAACUGAAAGUAUCUGCUUGAGAAGGAU